GUCCGAACCGAUUCAGUACCCGCUAGUACUUAACAUCACUCCAUGACCGUUGCAUGCGCCGCAUAGCCUGCUCGUCGUUCGUCGCGAUGCCCUCGAAGUCGCUGAAGGCAAAGACCACUUCCCAUGCACCUUCGACGUCAUCCUCGACGUUUCGCAAGUCAUCUCAACCCGUAGUCCGGUGGCUUGAAACGUGGUCGCCGUAUCACAAUAGCGGUUCAAGUAAAUCAACAGCCUCAUCGCAGGCGUCGUCUCCCGCGUCAUCCCGGUCGUCGACUCCCCCGUCGCCAGCCUUAGCGUCGCUAAACGAGGCUCUGCAUGAAUCAUUACGUUUACCCACACGACCGCCGUUGGCUCGGCUACCAACGCCACUGUAUACAUCGCGUCUAGGACACGGUCAUUCCCCGCAAUUUUUUGAUAACCUUACGCGCACAACAUUGCCGACAUCGUCAUUGUCGAUUGAAAGCCAAUUGAACUAUUCCUCUUCUCCGAUAUCAUCUUCCCCGAUAUCUUCCCAGUCUUCAAUUUAUCAACAGCCUGCCAUACUUGGCAAUUCUCCAACUCACCGCACUUCUCUAGAUACCCUGCGUUCAGUUUCCCAGCGUGAUUACCGCCGCAGUUCACAUUCUCAAUCCAUAUCCUCAGAAAGAACGUCUACGUUUGAUAGCACGUCCUGGCCCAAGAAUUGGUGGUGGUUUCAAUCUGAAAACAAAGAGGAUGUAGACGGAAUGCUUGGUGAAGACGAUAGGGCGGACACGGUCGAAGAGGAGCGGGACCGCAUUCGGAAGAAGUAUCGCUCUCCGAAAAACCCGAUUGUCUUUUGUCAUGGCCUUCUCGGUUUCGAUUCAGUAACUAUUGGACCUGCUAUAGCUCCUCUACAAGUAACCCACUGGCGUGGGAUAAAAGAAGUCCUAGAGGCCAACGGAUCAGAGGUUCUUAUUACCAGAGUUCCAGCUACAAGUACCCCCAUCGACAGGGCAAAAGUGCUGGAAGAAAAAAUAUCCGCCGUUUAUCCCGGUCGUAGUGUGCAUCUAAUAGGUCAUAGUAUGGGAGGCCUUGACUGCCGCUAUCUAACUUCCAAACUUACACAUCGAAAUUUCUCUGUUUUGUCCAUUACCACUAUCGGAACUCCUCACCGAGGUUCUGCGUUUGCCGACCAUUUUCUUACUACACUGGGGAAAAGCCGCAUGCCUUCAUUCCUGCAAUUCUUAGAUAUGUUGCCGAAUGGUGGAGGUGAUGGAAAGGCAUUUGAGUUCCUGACACUUGAAAAUAUGCGUCGUUUCAACGAAGAAGUCAAGGACGUGGAUGGCGUUCAAUACUUCAGCUGGGGAGCUGUCUACGACCCCGGCUUCGUGGACACUUGGAAAUGGUCGCACUCGGUGGUUCUAGAGAAAGAAGGACCUAAUGAUGGAUUGGUUUCUGUGAACUCUGCAAAAUGGGGAACGUAUCUUGGUACCUUGGAGGAUGUCAACCAUCUUGAUCUAGUCGGUUGGAUAAACGCUGCCCGAUAUAAAUGGGCAGAAAUGACUGGGCGCCAAAUCAACUUCCGGCCGGCAACAUUCUACCUAGGCGUUGCAGAUAUGUUAGCAGAGAGGGUUGAGGGUCAACCUAAGCUUCUCAUGGAUGAAGGCUGUUCCAACGCCCAUCCUAGCAGCGGCGAGGGAAAUAAGGCUGGAAGUGGCGCGACAAUAAAGGAGGAUUCAAAUGACCAGAUAUCCAUAAACAAGGCAGUGACAAUGACUACCGGCGAAGAUGUUGACGGGACUACAGGGAACACAGACGGACAGUCUCGCAUCGGCACGCAUGCUAUUGAAUUAGAUAAUAGGAAACAGGAAGACUAUGACAGCUCAAGACCACGACUAUAGUGUUACCCAUAUACCAUUAGUUUUUAUCGUAUAACAUAUUCUAAUCUUUACUAAUACCAUGUACACAUCAUUACAUAAAUAUUGUACAUAACAAUUGUAUCAAUAGUCUGCAAGGAUGUAAACUUGUCCUGUUUACGGUCAGCGUAAAAUGCUUCAG